AUGGAUGCGGGUAACCUUUCUCCGUCAAGAAUACCAUACCAGAGACAAACGUCAAGUUCUGACACUAACCAGAACUGUUUGCCACUUGCGCUGGAGGCUUCUACUAGUGUAACUGCUGGGGGUAGUGACAAAACUGUCACUUUACCACUGAACAGCACCUUGUCACUUCAUGGCAUUGCAUCAUCACCUAUCAACAACAACUUGUCAAAUAUUGGUUGCAUUUCUUCACCACUAAUCAUCACAUCAUCGUUGGCUGGCACAUCAUUGUCUGUGGUCAGCUCAUCGACAGCCUUUGUCAGCACAGCAGCUCCACUUGGCAGUCCUCCUGCUGUGCUUGGCACCUCUUCAGCUGUGCUUAACAGCUCUCCAGCCGUGCUUGGCAGUCCUGGUCUGCUUGGCAGUCCUCCAGCUCUGCUUGGCACCUCUUCAGCUGUGCUUAACAGCUCUCCAGCCGUGCUUGGCAGUCCUCCUGGUCUACUUGGCAGCCCUCCAUUUGUGCUGGGCAGCACUUCAUCACACUCAUCACUUGUCACCAAUGCAGCUCUGAUCUGCACCACCCCAUCACUGCUCAAGACCUAUUCUGCACCACUCUGCACCCUCUCAUCCUCACCCUGCACUAUAUCAUCACCACUCUGCUCUUUACCAACACCACUCUGCACCAUUUCCUCACCACUCUGCACUGUAUCAUCAUCAUCACCCUGCACUAUUUCCUCACCACUCUGCCCUUUAUCAGCACCACUCUGCACUACCUCACCAUUGCCCAAGACCUCUUUGUCACCACAAGAUGGAGUCCUAAACUGUGGCAGUUCAAACUCAAGAGCUGUUGUGGAUGGCAUCAGCCUGCCACCGUCAUCUGAUGUGGGGAGUUCACAUCACCCGAAGGUGCCAGCAAACUGUGCAGCCCCAAAAACGGGGAUGAAUUUGCUGUUCUCACCCAAAGAUUUGGCUAAAUCUGGUGAGACCAGGAGGAGAAGUGCGGACACCCUCCUGAAGGGUUCGGAGAUUCCUCAGAAGUCGUCAUCUCUGAAUGAGAAACCUGAUAAAAUAAGCCCAAAGCCAUUCAAUAUCAGUCACAACUUAUCAUCUGACAAUGAAAAACCUGAUAAAUUCAAUCCAACUGCCCCUAGCUUGUCUCACAAUUCAUUAACUGUGAAAGAGAAGCCUGAUAGAUUGAGUACAAGCGCCUCUAGUUCUGCCAAGCACAUCAUGACGUCAGCACCCAGCAGUGUGCCGCUCAGGAAGCCUGUUGAUAUUAUGAUGCACAAAGACAGGAUAAAUUUACUCAGGCAGAUGAGUCAGAUAUUUAAUGAAGAACAGAAUGUUGCAGCUGCUGAAGCCAGCUCCGCUUCAGAAGAUGAGAGAGAUGAAAGUGAGACAAAUAAAAAACAAGUGAUAAAAAAUGAAGAGUCAACUAAAAGAGAAGAGAAAAUUUAUACCAAAAGAGAUGAAGAGAAAGGCUAUACUAAGAAAGAAUUAAAAGAGUUAACUAAGGAAAAUAGAAAAUCAUUGAAGCCGAAGUGCAAGGCUAACUCAGAGAGAACAUACCUUUCUUUUGACAAAAAGGUAGAUUUCGCCAGAGAAAAUCUCACAGCAGAAGAAAUUCAAUGUAAUGCAUCAUUGGUGAACCCUACUUCUAAAUCAAACUUAUGUGAUGCCUCAAAUGCUGUUGAAUCUCCCAUUGAAAGAGAAACUCUACAAAAAAUCCCUUGUGUAAAACUUGUUCCUGAUAAACCAGAGUUGGUGAACACAUUGAGAUUAAUGGAAGAAAAGAUACAUCCUGUCAAAUCUUUUCAAAAUUCGAGCACAGAAAUGGAAGAUAGCGCUGCAGCUCUUCCAGACCAGACCAGCCACGAUGAAACAGAGGCAGCUAAAGUGUACCAUGUGUCCAGUUAUUCCAAAAGAAUUCAAGAGAAAAUAUCUGUGCAGAGUUUUGUAGGCAACAAGGAUGAAUUUAUUGAUAUUAUUGAUGGGUUUUCAUUUAUAUCAUUUGAAGAAAAAGAGGCGCUGUUGAAAUAUAAGCAUCCGACCAAGAGUAAAAAACUGCAGCACAUGAGAAGACAAGAUGUAUCUCCCAGCUCUUCCCAGCCUGACACCAAAGUUCUACUCACCAAGGAGCUUAAGAACUUGAGUGACGUUGGAACUUCUCAACUCAGUUCUAAAGCUUCUGAUGCUCCAAGUGGUCCAUCAACCUCUACUUCAAAUGAAUGCUCAGCUUUUUCAAGCUCCAGCCUUGAUGAAUUCCUGUGCAACAACUCAAGGCUGAACAUCAGCUACGACGUGCCGGAGUGCAGAAAGACGGUGGAAGGGGUUUCGAAGGUGUGGGACGAUGACGACGAAGAAAGCCCCAAACCUUCACAUCUUCGCAGGAGUAGCCCUGCAACUCACCAGGAGCUGAAAAGUAUACAAAACAGAUCUGCAGGGACUCAAGAAAGACGUUCAGCUCAAACCACGUCAGCUCUAUCAUCGUCAUCAUCGGCUAUGGUUUCAUCGUCAUCAUCAUUACCGGCAAUUUCAUCGCUCACACCAUCCUGUACAUCGUCACCCAGUUCAUCAACUUCGCCUUCUUCAGUUGUGGCUUCGUCCUCUGUGUUUGGUUCUUCAUCUGCCGGUUCCCCCGUUGCUAAGAGUGAGGUGAAGUUCUCCGAAGCUUCUUCGAGCAAACAACAAGCAUUUUCUUCGUCCAUGUGUAAACCAGAUAAAGUUGGGGCGAAAGAUCCGAAAUCCGAUGAUUUAUUCGCGCGGCCAAAAACUUCAGACGUUUUCGUGUGCCGCGCGGGCAAGCUGGUGCCGCUCACGAGCAUCAUAAAGAGGGACACAACGACCACUAAAUUACCAGAGAAAAAGAAGAAUAGUGAUUUAAUUUAUGUGUACCAUGAAGGAAAGCUUUUGACUAUGGGCGGCGCCCUUUGUAACGUCGACCCUCGGUACAGCAAGUCCCUAACGUCACAAGUGGUGCUUCCGAUCAGUUUCCUUAACAAAGGAAACCAGAAAAGGAAAGGCUUGACUCGCAGCAGCUUCAGGUCUGUUAUCAUAGAUAAGAGGAUGGCGGGCUUUGCCCUCAGUGCCUUGCGUCAUCCACGUUCCCCUUCAUCGUCACUCUCACGUCAUCCACGUUCCCCUUCAUCAUCACGUGAAUUUCCCUCGCGUCAUUCACUUUCCCCUUCAUCGUCACGUGAAUUUCCCUCGCGUCAUUCACUUUCCCCUUCAUCGUCACGUGAAUUUCCCUCGCGUCAUUCACGUUCCCCUUCAUCGUCACGGGAUCUAAACAAGCCCCCCGUCAGGCAUAACCACGUAACCUACAAGCGGCCUGCUGCCUUCACCAAGACGAAGGCGACCAAGAACAGCAUCCUUGAUAUCAUAUCGGAGAAGCUGGCCUUGACGAUGUACGAUGACGAUGUAUGUGAAGACGAUGAACUUGAAUCCAGAGACUCGAAGCUCGUGCAGAAAAAUUUGCAUCGUUUCCCGUCUUUGUCGCGCGAGAUGAAGAGACUUGAUAAGAAGUUUGCUGAUGCAGAUAACGUUGAGGACGGCAGGCUGGAGGAGGAAGCUAAGGCGAGAACCAGCGUUCCUCAGCAGAGGCCUGCGUCAGAUGUGAAGGGAGCGCAGGCUGCCCCUGAGGUGCGGCGCUGUCAGGUGCAGGUGCCCUGGUACCGCCUGCCGCCGUCCCUGAAGGUGUGGUGUCUUGUGCACCACUGCUACGACUGCCAUUGUGGGCUGGCAUCUCCUGACGACGGAGGAUCCUGCACACUGGCGACUCCUGACGAUGUUUCCGCCGCCAAUGCCGACGAUGACAUCGGCGGCAGGAAAGGCCUGGGUUUCUACAAGGAACAAUGUUUCAACGAAGAAAAUACGACUGAUGCUGCUAAGGAAGCUGCAGAGAAUAAAUAUCGUGCUGACCAACACUGGGCCAUGGAAAGCCCGACCAAGGGGGCCAAGGAAGGGCCAAAGAAGGAGACCCAGUGGGCCAAAGACGUCCCAACGAAGGUUGAAGUGAAGUCCGAGCUGUUGUCGCCUGAUGCUCGCGCGAGUACGAUAAUUACAAGCGAGUCUUGGAGCAGGGAAGCUGGUUCUUCGCAGUCCACAGACUUUGAAAAACUCAAUGCACUUCAAAGCAAAAAUUUAGCAUCUAGAAACUUGCUUUCUGACGCUGAAGCGCCUUCGGGCUUACAGAGAUUGUCUUCUGGAAGCAAAAUUGGUUUAGAAAAAGUAAAGCCUAGCCCUGCAAUCGAACUCACGAUGAAUUGCAUUGGGACUUCUGUUGGUGGGACUUCUCUUGGUGGUGGGACCGCUAAUGUUGGUGGGACUUCUGUUAUUGCUGGGACUUCUAACGUUGGUAGGACUUCUGUUGUUGGUGGUAAACCGCAACCUUCUGGUCGCUUGUCUGCCUUGGCAUGGAAGAGGAAGCUGGAUCAACCCCAUGAACUGCAGACCAGCUUGUCUUCUCCUCAUACCAAGAAAUUCAAGGCGGCGUCAUCUCUCUGGUGGAAAGAUCCUUCGAAUAAAAAGCUGACCAAGGACGUGAAUGGCAAUUCUGGUAGGAUUCCUAGUGACAAUUCUGGCAGGAUUCUCGGUGACAAUUCUGGCAGGAUACCUGGUGACAAUUCUGGCAGGAUAUCUGGUGACAAUUCUGGCAGGAUUCCUAGUGGUACUUGUGGUAGCCUACUUAGGAGGAACGUCCACAUUGAAAAUGAGAAGUCCAAAAGAUCCUGGUCGGCAAGGGACUUGGAUGAGCGUGCGGCCGGGACCAAGUCCACCAGCAGAGAUGAGUCUGAACUCCGUGGCAAGAAGAGGAACACGGCCCUUGCCAUGGAGGGACCCGGCGACAGUGAAGUGAAGGCGAAGGAGAAGCACCGAGUCCUGCCCGAAUGCGUGAUCCUAGAGCUGUGCGUGGGACAGAAGGAAGGAUCAGCAGGACGCUCGUCUGGUCCUACCAUCCACAAUAUCAUCAAGCAUUGGAGCCACGACAUCGAUGAUAGCGCGCGCACUUGUGGAUACUCCAGAGAAGGCAAGACCUACCGAGCUGUACUCAACCCUCAGAAGCAAGGGUUUGAUUAUAUACCUCCUACACCGCCCCACAACUCUAACGCUACCAUCAAGAGCGUUCUCUCUGCAUUCCUCAAGAGGGGGUAUAUUCGCGACGUCCAGAAUGAAGAUGGAUCCCUUAAAUAUGAUCCUGAGGAAGCAAGCUUCGUGUAUUGCCACAACCGAAACCUCCCCAUCCUCAAAGACAAGCCCGUGGUUGCCGCGUCUCAGAUUUUUAUCCCCAGUUUCAAGGACGGAUGCAAGAGUCCCUUGCCCCCAGCAGGAGGGACUGGGGCUUCUAGCCCUCACAAGACCCCAAUAUCUUCCCCACCUAGUGGGUCAUUGCCCAUUCGAGCCUCUAGUUCCUCGACUGUAGAAGGCGAAUCUGGAAAUAUCAGCAUCCGUUUACCCCGCACCACCACGACGACCAGCUCCACCAGCACCAAUUUCACCUCCCAAACCACUAACAACAACAGCAUCACCCGUACCAGCACUACUAACAUUACCUGUACCAUUACCGUGCCAGAUACUAGAUGCAUCAAGGAUAGUGACAAUGAUAAGAGGUUAUCAUUACCGGAGAUGAUGGCGAGUAGAAGUAUCAAAGAUAGUGAGAAUGAUAAGAGGUUAUCAUUACCGGAGAUGAUGGCAGCGGAGGAGAGGAGAGGGGAGCUGGAGCUUGACUUGGGCAGCACAGCGUCGGGGGCGGCGCUGCUGGUGGCUGAGGCGCGCUUCAGGAAACUUAUUAACAUGAACAUCAUCGGCGUCAUCGGGCUUAACAAACAGAGCAGGUUAAUUGUUAUUGGCGUCAUCGGGCUUAAUAAACAGAGCAGGUUAAUUGUUAUUGGCGUCAUCGGGCUUAAUAAGCAGAGCAGGUUAAUUAGUAUUGGGGUUAAUAAGCAGAGCAGGUUAAUUGUCAUCGGCGUCAUCGGGCUUAACAAGCAGAGCAGUCUCAUACAGACCAAGAUCAGCAACAGACUCCUGGACGUGGGGCCUAACAUGAGGGAGAUAUUCUUCCCCCCACACCUCCCCACCGGCACAGUCGUUAAACCAAGGUUCGUCAUGAUCCGACGUGACCGCAACGGCUGCUGGGAAAUAGUUGGGCUCGUACAGAAGAAGUCGUCUGAGAACCAACCUGAGCACCUCCAGUUCUCCUCCAGCGACGUCCUGGACGCCAACUUGGACAAGAAAUCCUCCAUUGUGCAUCCUGCGUUUCCCAAAUCCUCUGUUGCAGAUCCUAUGGGCACCAAAUCCUCCGUUGUGGAUCCCGCAUACACAAAAUCUUUAGUUAUGGAUCCUUCGUGCACGAAAUCCUUCCCCACUUCUGCCAUGGACGAGCCUGGGUCAGUCAUGUACAGUGCUUCUUCAGUCCUAAGCCUGCAUUCCUCUCCUACUCCCCAACCUGAUCCCUCCUUGCGGUGUGAAUCCCCUGCAUCGACAUCGACUGAAUUGACGACGCUUGGGGCACAGAAAAACCUAACGCUCCCACCAGGACGAAACUCACUGAAAACUUCUGAAGAAUCUGUGAAAAGCUCGAGAAACGAGCCUGCGCCUUCAAUGACCAGGGGCUAUCGUGAGCAAAUUUUAAGUGAAGUUAAGUCAAUGCUUGAGACUCCUACACAGAAGGCAUCAGGGAGAUCUUCAGUUGGUGUUGUAUCUAAUGCUGUUCUUCCUAUCGGUAAUGUACAGAGGAAUGAGUCUACGCAGCAAGGACCUCGAAGCUCUUUGCAAGUUGUGAACCGCAAUAUUAUUUUAUCCCAAAAAUCUCCUCCUAAGUUCAAAGUAGGAGUCUCUGCUAUUACACGCCUUGAUGGCUCACCAGCUUCGUUACUCAGCGGUCAUAAAAAGAACCUGUCAGUCACCAGGCCCGGGACUGCAGCUGCUACUCCGAAAUUUCAAGUCGUCUAUAAAGUUCCUUUUAUUUGUGGUUCAGCUGCAAGGAAUGACCGACCUGCUCGUAUUUCGACCGCUGCUCCUCUCACCCGAGACGUUUCAUCCACCGAACAAACAUUGGUCCCUCAAAGCAUUGCUCGGCCAUUAGCCAAGUUUUCUCCCGUACUUGCAGCUGAGAAGAAGCAACUCCAGAAUUCUGAGCGUGUGUGUGCAAGGAGUAAUACUGCUGUGGCUAAUAGUGAUAGCGCCCCAGAACACUCGCUUGACGGACAUCAAACUUCGGUCCAAACUUCCGCUGGGCCUUCUGGAACGUGCGAUUUUUCGACUCCUGUCAACUCCAGUGAUGGUGGGACGUUAAAUGAACGGUUGUCUUCAGCUCCCACCAUGACGAUAGCAGAGAACGCCAAAAACGAGCUCCCGUCUCUAUCAAUAACUUCGUUGUCACCUGGGAAACAAUACAACAAGAAAUCUUCCUGCAGCCAAAGCCAGACUAGCAAAAAACUCGCUGCUGGCUCCGCACCAGUGAAAGCUAUGAAAUGGGCCGCCAUCGAUCUAUCAGUUAAUUUCAAGAGCAUCAAGCUGGCCUGGCUGAAAGGUACAAUACAGAAGUCAAUCCUCGUUCGUAUUCGCUUGACGUCCCUUGAAAGUAAGGGAGUCGUGACGUUCACUGUGCGGGGAUCGGAGGAAGAAACUGUAUUGUACGGCAGAGCUAAAAUGUGCAAAUCUCCUGUCAUUCUACUUAUUUUGGGGUCAUCGAUAGCGGCGCUAGACCACGCGUUGAGUCUCGCUUUCGCUGAUCUUUUUAAAUGUAAUAUGAUGGCGUACGUUAUCAAAGGGGAGAAAGGCGAACGCGCCUUUUACCGCUACUCCGGUCCCGGUCACUUGACUCAGAUUGAGGUAAAGAAGGAAUCUUCAUCGGGAGCUGUUGCCCGCCACGGCCGCCAGCUCCCUGUGGAAGAAUUGCGAGGCGGCGGCACAGUCACAUCCAUAGUUAUAGAUGCUGCUGAGAUUCCCAACGACUUGAUUAAUCAAGAACCUGAAGUUCCUAAAGCUUCAAUCGACUCCUGUAGCUGCGGCCAUUCCACGUGCUCAUGUCCUGCCACAACACAAGUGCCUGGACAGCAACAAAGUUCUGUAAAGAGUGCAAGUGAGAACAGUUCUGAUUGUUCGUCGUUGCCAGGAAAUCAAUCGUCGGUUGAGACAAGUUCUGAUAUUCUUGUGCAUCAGAACGACGCGCAGGAAAGGACCAGUCCAGCGUCUUUUGUGAAGUGUGAAGGAUCUGGGGCUUCUGGAAUGAAGGAACUUACUCCUCCUGCGGCUUCAAUGUCUGCAGGAGAAGAACCAACUUCUGAUGAUGAAGAUGUCGCCUCGUCUCAUCCUGGCUUGUCUGUCGAAACUGGAGUAGCAACGCAGAUCUACCCGGCAAACAAGUCUCCUUAUUCCAGCUGCCAAAAUCAUUCAAUCAGCCCAAAGGCCCCGUCCAAAAAUAUCAAAACCACACUUGUGGGUCGCAAAAAUGUUCCCAUCAGCCCAAAAGCCACUUUCAUUGGUCCCGCAAUUCCUCUUACUCUUAACACGGAAUCGUCCGCUGGCCUUACUACAAAUUCUACGAACUCUAAAACAACCUCAACUAUUCCAUCAGCUACUUUAACUAGCCCUACGACAACUUCUGUCCCAGCAACAACUUCUGUCCCAGCAACAACUUCUACAUCCCCCACAUCUAAUCCCACCAGCCCCAAUCCACUAUUCACUUCACUUAAAAUCCCAUCUAUCGGUGGGAUUGCGGGUCGGGGCAGAUUGGGGAUGAACGAUGGGCUUGAUAUUCCUGGAACUGCCGUGACUGAAAUCUCAGACCCGCAUCCCCAAGUGUCCCCGCUGGGGAGCGACACAGAAGCUCCCAGUUCCCCACACAGCGACGACCUGCCUCUUAGCAUCUGUCUGGAGGACGCCGGUGUCGAGAUCUUGGCGGCAGAAGACCAGGACGUGGAAGCCGCUGCAUUGACGGUGAACGCCUCGCCUGUCAAAUGUCCGUCUGUCUCUUCAGAACUUCUAAAAACCAAAAUGUCUGCCUCCCGACGAAAGCCUGGCUUUUUUUCCAAGAAGAAACAAAAUUCAAAGCUUAAAAAAGGUUCUAGGUUCCUCCAGAAAUAUUCGAAUAGCGGUCGCUUUAAGGAGUCUAACGCUCGUCCAUGGAGAGCUGAAGGUGCUACCUUCUCCUCUCCAGCACGUGGAUCUGUAGGGAGCGAGCGCCUCUCUAAGACCACAAUGGAAAAGAACAAGAACAAGAUCACCAUUAUUAAGAAUAAAAAUAUCGCAAAUUUGGCGAUAGGAUCGCGCCAAACCGUGAUGGGAAUUGAGAAGCUUGUUCCAGAGGAGAGCGAUAGCGGCACCAGCGUAUCUCGCCGCGGCGGCCAUCGGCGAAAAGGCUCCAGCAAAAGGAAGGACAAUAGUAAUGGUCGCCGGGGUAAGGACAACAGCAACGGCCAAGGGAAGGACAACAAUCUCAGCAGAGGGAGGGACAACAGACACGGCAGAGGGAAAGACAACAGCCACAACGAAAUGGAACGACUCAGGCGUAAAGAAAUCGGGGAACUUUUCGUGGACCUGCAGAGCGUUCUGGAGGAGGAGCGCGGGGACGAUCUCCCGGACGUCAAGAAAGAAGUUUGGCCCAAGAGGAUGACCCUGAAGCUGAUGUGUAUAAGAGACAGGGGCAGCACAGCGUCGGGGGCGGCGCUGCUGGUGGCUGAGGCGCGCUUCAGGAAACUUAUUAACAUGAACAUCAUCGGCGUCAUCGGGCUUAACAAACAGAGCAGGUUAAUUGUUAUUGGCGUCAUCGGGCUUAAUAAACAGAGCAGGUUAAUUGUUAUUGGCGUCAUCGGGCUUAAUAAGCAGAGCAGGUUAAUUAGUAUUGGGGUUAAUAAGCAGAGCAGGUUAAUUGUCAUCGGCGUCAUCGGGCUUAACAAGCAGAGCAGGUGCAUCAUAGCGCCGGUGGAGUCUAGCGAGAUGCUCGCUAAGAUGCGUCUCAUACAGACCAAGAUCAGCAACAGACUCCUGGACGUGGGGCCUAACAUGAGGGAGAUAUUCUUCCCCCCACACCUCCCCACCGGCACAGUCGUUAAACCAAGGUUCGUCAUGAUCCGGCGUGACCGCAACGGCUGCUGGGAAAUAGUUGGGCUCGUACAGAAGAAGUCGUCUGAGAACCAACCUGAGCAACUCCAGUUCUCCUCCAGCGACGUCCUGGACGCCAACUUGGACAAGAAAUCCUCCAUUGUGCAUCCUGCGUUUCCCAAAUCCUCUGUUGCAGAUCCUAUGGGCACCAAAUCCUCCGUUGUGGAUCCCGCAUACACAAAAUCUUUAGUUAUGGAUCCUUCGUGCACGAAAUCCUUCCCCACUUCUGCCAUGGACGAGCCUGGGUCAGUCAUGUACAGUGCUUCUUCAGUCCUAAGCCUGCAUUCCUCUCCUACUCCCCAACCUGAUCCCUCCUUGCGGUGUGAAUCCCCUGCAUCGACAUCGACUGAAUUGACGACGCUUGGGGCACAGAAAAACCUAACGNCCUGUCUCUUAUACACAUCUAGAUGUGUAUAA